AUGGCGUCUCCGCAUAGCAACGGCUUUCAGUCCUCGUACCCGUACCAGCCCAAGAGACGCCGCAACGAGAAGUCCUUGCUAGAAGACCUGCCCGACAAGGUCGAGCGCGCCGCCCGCGUGCUCUGGAGCUUUGCUCGUGGCCGCGGCCGCCGGAUGGCCCUCGCCUUCGCCAUGGACGCCCUCCACCAAGUGCGCCGGAACCUGACGGCCCGCAGGAUCCUGAGCUUCCCGCACCUGCUCGUCGUCCUGUGGGUGUUCGUCAUGCUCUGGGGAGAACGCUGGGUAUUUCACAGCACGGUGGAGCGUUCGAUUCGAGUCGCAAGCACGAGAGCUAACCAGUCGCUAUGUCUUGCGCGCGCGCAGCCAAAGGAAGCCCAGCCUCAUCACCUCGUCUUGCUUGCCGACCCGCAACUCAUCGACCCUCAUUCCUACCCUGGCCGCCCGUGGCCCUUUAGCUCCCUGACCGUGACGAUAACGGACAACUACAUGAGGAGAGCAUAUAACCAGUUGCAGCAGCAACUACAUCCAGACACGAUAUAUUUCCUUGGCGAUCUAUUUGACGGGGGGAGGGAAUGGAAGACGGCGCACGGCGAGUUCAAGGAUCCUGAAUGGGGACACCGGCCGAGCCACGAACAGAAACAUGCAAAGAGCUGGAAGAAGAAAUACGGGGAAGACUUCUGGUUGCGCGAAUACGCGAGAUUUGGCGAUAUCUUUUUCGACCCCUGGUCCAAGUCUGGAGCCGCCGCCGGGAAGGGCCAGCGGGGAAGGAGACUCAUCGCGAGCUUGCCCGGGAACCACGACUUGGGCUUUGGCUCCGAGAUACAAUUGCCUGUCCGAGACCGAUUCGAGGCAUACUUUGGAGAUGGCAAUCGGGUGGACGUCAUCGGCAACCAUACGUUUGUCUCGGUAGACACCGUCUCGUUGAGUGCGGAUACGUCUGAGGACUCCCAGGUCACCGAUUUGAGAAAGAUUUACCAGCCGGCACAGUGGUUCCUGAACGGAGUGGACUGGAACAAGAGGAAGGCUGUCGCCCGGGAACUCCGUUUUCAGAAGGGCGAGACGGAAGAAGCGCAGUUCAAGCACCGGAUAGAGGAUCUAGCAAAAGCCGAUUUCUCCGACAUGCCGAACCUUGAGGGCGAGAAGGGACAGGCGGAUCUCCCCACCAUUCUCCUCUCGCAUGUGCCCCUAUACAGGCCGCCAGGCACGCCCUGCGGGCCGAUGAGGGAACACUGGCCACCGACGAAACCGCCCAAGGGCCAGAAGGAACCCGUCAACCCGGACCAUCGGAAUGCCAUUAUAGUCUCGAAGGGCUAUCAGUACCAGAAUGUCCUCAGCGACGAGGACUCGAGGAAACUCGUAAACAAGAUAGGCAACGUGGUGCACGCUUUCUCUGGUGACGAUCACGACUACUGCGAGCUCGUCCACGACCAGACUCAAGGGAACGUGAAGGAGAUCACGGUCAAGAGCAUGAGCAUGGCCAUGGGCGUGCCGACACCUGGCUUCCUCAUGGUCAGCAUGUACAAUCCCAUCGACGGCAAGGGCAACCCCUUGCCUGGCGCGCCAAAGCAGACGCUGCAAACGCACCUGUGUCUCUUACCCAACCAGCUCUCGACCUAUUCGAAAUAUGCCGGGCUCAUCUUUGUCUCGCUCGUCCUGGUCGGCCUCCGCGCCUUCCUGGUCCCGAUCCUCGGCCUGCAGCCGUUCGCCCUCGAGCCGCAGUCCGCCACUCGCGGCGGCAGCCUCCUGCCACUAUUCAGCAAGGCCAAGGCCGAGGACAGCGACGGCCGCGACCACCACUCCUCCGGGGCGUCGGGUUUCUCUGCCGGCGGCCACCAUCAGAAUGCCUACGCAUCGACGCAGUCGCGUGCCUUCUCCAAGGGCGGCGGCGGCGGCAACGGGUACCUCGGGGCCAAGAACCACCACCACCACCAACACAAGGGCGGCAAGCACGGCGCCGGCAAGAGCGAGAACCGGUGGGGCUGGGGCGCCGCGGAGGACAGGGGGCCCAAGAUCGAGAUCCGGUACGACGACGACUACAUCUACGACGGGGGCAGGUGGAAGGCCGCGUCGCGGGUCCGGGGCCGCGGCGGCCGGAACGUGCCGAGCUCGACGAUACGGGCCGUGGGGAGGGAGUUCUGGACGUCGGCGUGGCGGGUGGCGUGGAUGGUGGUCGUCUUCUGGGGUUACCUCGCUUAUAAGGGGUGA